AUGCCUUGGAAAAGUCGCUGGACCGUCGAUAUACCACAAGUUGGUCUGCCUACUUAUGUGUUUGGUUCUCCCUCUGCCCCCUUGCCGGAAACACCAAUCCUGCUGGAUGCAGAGAAGUCGGAGAGAUAUCACCUCUCCGCCUCGGAACUCAGACAAUGGUGCAAGCGAUUCGCUACUGGUCUCCAGAGGGCUGGACUGAAAUCUGGUGAUCGCGUGCUUCUAUUCUCAGGCAAUACACUAUUCUUCCCUGUGGUCUUCCUGGGCACAAUCAUGGCUGGGGGCGUCUUUACGGGUGCCAAUCCUACCUACGUUGCUCGCGAGCUGGCAUACCAGCUGCAGGAUUCGGGGGCCAAAUUCUUGAUCUGUGCCGAGGGGAGUCUGGAUACUGGUAUUGAGGCAGCAGACGCAGCUGGACUCUCUCACAACAAUGUCUUUGCGUUCGACAAUGGAUACGCGACUUUUGAUAACACUGGCAAGGGACGUGGAGAUGUGAGGCAUUGGACCGAGCUGCUUGCUAGCACAGCAGAAAGCAAGGACUUCGCUUGGGAAGAAUUGAGCACUAACGAGGAGCUUGAACGCACCAUCUGUCUCAAUUAUAGUUCAGGAACGACAGGCGUGCCGAAGGGUGUUAUGAUCACUCACAGAAACUACGUCAGCAACAACGAAGGUGUGGUUCGCGUGGUUCAAUCCAUUCCAGAGUAUGAGGAGCUCAAGAAGACUGCUCGAUGGCUAUGCAUGCUCCCAAUGUACCACGCAUAUGGACAAACUUACUACUGUGUCGGCAGCAUUUCGCGAGGAGUUCCGACAUAUGUCAUGCAGAAGUUCGACUUCCUCAAGAUGCUGGCUUACAUUGAGAAGUAUAAGAUUACCGAUCUCAACCUUGUGCCACCAAUUGCUGUUGCAAUGGCCAAGCAUCCGGCAACGAAGCAGCAUGAUUUGAGCUCUGUGAGGUAUAUCGGAUCAGGUGCCGCGCCGCUUGGCAGCGAAGUAUCGAAAGAGGUUGAGCAGCUAUGGCCCACGGGAACGAGAAACAUGAAGCAGGGCUGGGGUAUGACAGAGUUGACCUGCUCAGCUUGCAGUUGGGAUUUGACCAAGACCUCAAAUUCGAAUGCAGUUGGUGAGCUCAAUCCCAACGUUGAAGCUAUGAUUGUGGACGUCGCUUCUGGGUCCGAAGUACAGCGAGGACUGAGGGGCGAACUCUGGAUUCGUGGACCAACAGUGAUGAAGGGUUACUGGGGCAAGCCAGAUGCUACCAAGGAGACCAUUACAGAAGAAGGUUGGUUGAGAACUGGCGAUGUGGCAUAUCUCGAUGAAGAGGGUCAUCUCUUCAUUGUGGAUCGUAUCAAGGAGUUGAUCAAGGUUAAAGGCAAUCAAGUCGCACCAGCCGAGCUAGAAGCUCUUUUGCUUGACCAUCCAGCUAUUGCAGAUGCUGGUGUAGUCGGCGUGACAAUAAAGGGAGAAGAGCUUCCACGAGCCUACCUUGUACGACGCGCGGAGCAAAAGGUCGAGGCCCAAGACAUUCAAGAAUUCAUGAACAGCAAAGUCGCAAGACACAAGCGUCUGGCCGGCGGAGUCGUUUUUGUGGAAGCAAUUCCAAAGAAUCCUUCCGGAAAGAUUCUGCGCAAGAUACUUCGCGAUCAGGCAAAGGCUGAAGUCGGAGAUUCGGAAGCCAAGGCAGCACGUCUGUAG